AUGAGUGUUGAAUUUUCAUCUACUUCGCCUGUAAAAGGAAACUUGCAGGCCGAAUAUCGUCCUUUUACCUGUGACCUUUGCAUGAAGAGUUUCAAGCAGAAACAGCACCUUCACCAACAUAAGAUUUCUCACAAAGGAGAACGUCGAUUCCAAUGCCAACUGUGUGAUAAAAGUUUUCUUCGUAAACAUCAUUUGCAGACUCACAUGGUUGUGCACUAUCGAAGUGAUCCCAGUAAACUCCCUCCAGCAGUUACUUUCCAUUUGUGCACUGAAUGCUCUUAUUCUACUCCAAUGAAAGCCAACCUCUGGAGGCACAUGAGAACUCAUACCGGUGAAAGACCUUACAAUUGCGAGAUUUGCCAUAAGAAUUUUACCCAGCUAAAUGAUCUUCAGCGUCAUAUGUUCACUCAUACUAGUGAUCGACCUUUUAAAUGUAAUGUUUGUGAAAAAGGAAAAAUGGGUAUGAAAAGGAUUUGUCAGUCUGUCCCUCUGUUCUCCUGCCAUCACUGUGCUUACUCAACUCCUCUCAAAGCUAAUUUAUUUCGCCACAUGCUUGUGCAUACAGGCGAGAGACCAUUCAAGUGCAAUGUUUGUAAUAAACAUUUUCGCCGAAACAAUCAUUUCGAAGACGGCUCUCGGAGAAUUGCUGUUCAUCAUUGCAGUGAGUGCUCCUACUGCACAGCAGACAAAAGAAACUUACAGAUCCAUACUCGAACCCAUACUGGGGAGAGAUCUUUUGCUUGCAAUAUUUGUGAGAAGUCUUUCAAACAAUUAUACCAUCUUCAGAGACAUUUGCUCGCACACAGUGGUUUACGCCAGCACGAAUGCAGUUUUUGCCAGAAACGCUUCAUUUUGAAACAUCAUCUUCAGAGAAGAGAGCUGAGUGGAAGUUUCGUUGAAGGUUUAACGUUUCACCUGUGUCCAAAUUGCUCGUAUUCAACUCCACAGAAAGCCAAUUUAUUGAGACACAUGCGUAUUCAUACGAGAGAACGGCCCUAUUGCUGCAAAUACUGUAGGAAAUGUUUCUCUCAGGCUAAUAACCUCCAUCGGCACAUUCUUUGUCACAGUGGAGAACGUCCUUUCAAGUGCAAAUUUUGUGAGAAAGAGACAGAUUGCCUCGAAACUUCCCAUGGAACUAUCUAUACUUGCCCAUAUUGUACAUAUUCUUCUGCAGUCAAAGAAAUAGAUUACUUCGAAACUUACCACCACCUACAUGGAAAUAUCUAUAAUUGCCCAUAUUGUACUUAUUCCUCUCCAGUCAAGGGAAGUUUAUCAAGCCACCUUGCUACUCACAGCGAUGAGCGACCAUUUUGCUGUCAAUUGUGCCCAAAAAGUUUCAAGCUGAAGCAUAGCCUUGAUCGUCAUGCAAAAUGCCACUAUGGAGAACGAUCUUUCAAAUGUGACAUAUGCUCUAAGACUUUCAUUCGAAUGGAUCAUUUGAAGAGACAUCAAGUCAAAAAAUAUAUGGGCAUGUACAAGGAAGCUUUGCCCCCUGCUCAUGUGGCUCACCAAAAGCCUGUACUUUCUAGGCUCGCUGAAUAG